UCCAUGGAGAAAGACGUCUGUAUCUAUGAGAUUAAUAUAUUAUCGUGUACGCAUACUUAUUAACGCGUGUUCUGUGCAACUGUGUGAUAUGUGAUCAGUAGUGUGACAAAUUUAAGGAUGUAUUUCGUUAUUAUUUUGAGCUUAUUGAUAAAAGAAUCUCUUUUACUACGAAUAGUACGCGUUUCUGUUCCUACAUACCGAGUGAGGGGCCAACCAGCUCAAUUAGAUUGCGAGUAUGAACUGGGUGACGACACAUUAUACUCAGUGAAGUGGUAUAGGGAUAAUGAGGAGUUCUACAGAUAUUUACCGAAAUAUGAUCCACCAAAACACGCGUAUAAACUCGACGGAAUUAAAGUUGAUCUUUCAAAAUCGGACGAUCGUCACGUUGUGUUGCACCAGGUGACGUUGAAGUCGUCAGGUCUAUACAGAUGUGAAGUGUCGGCGGAAGCGCCGAGCUUCGCGUCCACCGCCGGCGAGGGAAGAAUGGACGUCAUUUAUCUACCACGAGAAGGUCCAAGAAUAACUGGGAAUGAGCAAGAAAAUAGAGUAGGAGAUUCUCUCUUCCUAAACUGCACCUCAGGGCGAUCGUACCCUGGUGCGGUGCUCAGUUGGGAUAUUGAUGGUGAAAAGGUGACGGACCCAAAUCUUUUGGUCCAAUACCCACCAAUCCAGCACGCGCAUGGGUUGGUUUCAACAGCCUUGGGCUUGCUGGUACCAACAGGGAAAACCAUGCAAGUAAAAUGCACGGCCAGGGUGGCUCCUGCUUGGCGGGAAGGCAGUGAAGCUGUGGUUGGUAAUAGCCAAGUAGCGGAUAGUAAAGAAGCCAUGUUAUUAGUGCGAAGUUCAGCCGUGGCGUCUACAUUAAGUAUAACACUGUUAACACUUUUUCUUCUUCAAAUCCUCUUAACACAAUCAGAAACGUGAUGAAUUAUUUAUUAACCUACUUAUCUGUGGAAUAUAGAGGUCUAAACGUGUGCGGAAAGUUAUUGUUUAUGAUUUGUUUACUGUACUCUGUGAAAAACAAGCAACAAAUAAUUUACCGUUAUCUGGAGGCCUCACUUUACCGUUUUCAAACAAUAAACUAACUGAAAGCCGGUGACAAUUUGUAAUUUUCUCACGGGUUAUGUUUUCUCUCCAGAGAAAAUAAUAACAAUAAAUAUCUGUUUAUUUAUGUGUAUGUAAAAAACAAUAAGAAAUAUUUAUACCAGAACAAUAAUCACUUAUGAUUUGUAAGCGAGAGAUGAUGUAACUGAUCAGACACAAAUGGUCUCAUGAUACAUAUUAAACCACGACAAGCCUCGACUUUAAGUUAACCUGUCAGGAUCUUGGCAUGUAUUAAUUAUCUUCACGUUAGGCCUGCUGAUGUAUAAAUAAUUUCAAAUAUAGCGUAUUCCAAGUUCGUUAACAGUGACCAGUAGAUGUAAGCUAACUUAACAAACAGAUUUUUGUGUUGGAAACAAAAAAAUGUCAUGAUAAAUCUUAUCUUUAUUUCUAAGUAUAGUUUGCGAUUGAUUUUACUGCCGUUUUGUUAUCGAAUAUCCCUUAUGAGAUAUUAAUAUUUUCAAAGUUAAAACAGAAUCUUAUGAAAAAUAAAAGAAGGUUCCCGUCAGUCUUUUUUAAUUUAACAAUAGAGAAACACAAAAAGUUGUUUUGCUUAUGUCUUCAACAUAUGUAUAUUCUAAAUCAAUUAAUUUAUAUUCAUUGUCCAAGUUCGUAUCAGAGAUUACGUAAAUUAAAGACGAUUAUUUGUAGAUAACAAAACGGCCUUAUUAGUAGGCCCUAUUAUAUGUAAAGAUGGCGGUUCACGCUGCGGCUAUGACAGGAAGCUGCGACCAGGUACGGAGACAACAAACCACGACUGAUGUCUUAGUGUUCAACAAGUUAAUACUGGGAUGAGACCUAGAGCACAAGCAAAGCCACAUCAGUAUUGUACUCUUUCGAUAGAGUCAGUUGUAUUAUUAUGUAUAACUGUGAUAUUUUUUAUUAUCCAAUUAGACCUUUUUGAGACCAUUAUUGUGAAUUUUUGUUGGAUGUUAAUUAGCUGAAUAAGACGUGUCGUCAUAUUUGUCGGAGGUAUUCGUCAGAGGCGUUUUUUUGUCUUUAGUGAGACCAAAGACUAACUCCUCCAUACAAAGUUUAAAGACAAGUGACGCUCGCGCCUAUCUUUGUCGAUCUUGCUGCGGUCGCAGCGUGAACAGCCUUAACAACCUUAAUGCGCCACGUUUAGAAUACUACAAUAAUGCUGCAAGAAGGAUACUUGCCGAUUCAAUGCUUUUAGGAACAUUGUUUGCUUUGAUUAAUGUAAAUUGCGCAGUAUACGAAUGCAAGUAUCCUGUAGGUCAGUGUUUCCCAGCCUUUUUUUUACCACAACUUUGCCAACCUAAAAUCGAUAUGCCUAUGUAACAUAAUUUAUAUUUAAAAAAAAUUGAACUGUUCAAUUAAGAAAUUUUAAUGAUUGGUUUUAGAAAGAAAUCACUAGGAAAUUGUUAAAUAAAUGAUAUUUAAAUUUUUAAAGCAUUAGAACUAGAAUUCAAAUUCCAAAAAUAUUUAAUAAAGAUUUCUCUAUAUUCAUAUAGUGAGACUCUUGCGCUUGAUGCUUGCUGUAAAGAGAUUUUAUACUGAGUUCCAAUUUGGUAAGCUUCAGUCUCAAGUCUCCAGGUUAUGUUAUAUUCACCGUUAUACCCGUACACCGUAUAUACCGUGGGGUAUGGGCCCCACGUUGGGAAACACUGCUUUAGAUAGUUAAACUAGCUAAUUCGUAAGCAUCGAAUACAUAUCUGUACUUAUGUCACUAUCAAUUAUUUCUUUGAAAAUGUGCUAGUAAUUAUUUUUGUAGUUUUAUUAGGCCUUGUAAAUUGUAAAAAGCUAGAUCGCCUUCUUAGGUAAGUGUAAAUAUUAGAUAAUUCUUUUAUAUCAAUAUUAGACGUAACUGUACGUAAAUGUUAUCUAUUUUUAAAACUUUAUCAGCGAUAUAUUUCUAUUAAUUAUGAUUUGGGUAUUUUUAACUAUUUAUCAGUAUAUUUAUAAGUUAGGAUUUUAAGUAAAUCAGACAUUUUUUUUUAUUUUAUGACCAAAGACGGAGAAGAAGUGUGCUUAGUUAUGUUACGUUGAACUUAAAACUUGGUGCUCAAACAAGAUUUAUGCAGUUUCGUUUAUAUUUCGAUUGGAGAACUUACCAAUUUUUAUAUAUGUAUGUAAAUUGCUCACUGAAUUUGACAGUAAAACUAUUUCAAAAACGUUGACGCACCAUUUGAAACGGUAAUUUGACUGAAAAAUGUUCUUCUCAAUUUCUGAUUCACAAAAUAGGAUAAACAGUGUUUUGCAUAUAACUUAAUAGUCGUGGCAAACAUGGUGAUUUUUACAAAGCAGUGGUACUCAGAUUGGUCCAUUAAAUUAUCUCGAUGCAUAUCUAAAAAACUAGAAAGUGGCGACGAAAUUAAAUUUAUAAAAUGCCGUUAGUAAACGACUUUUAGUACCGCUGCGAGGCAAAAAAUUUAACAGCUUUAAUUCCUUAAAAUUGGUCUUAAACAUUAUUUUUGAAUUAACGAAAAUUUUAUUCAUUGUACAAACAUUGUAUAUACUUAGCACGAAGCUUUGGUUGUUCAACCGUAAUGUAGUUAGUCAACUAACAAGACUUGGUUGGAAUAAAACAAUUU